CGUGCAUUUUGCGUGCAGCCUUACUUCUUGCUAAUGAAAACCUCCGACACAAAUAGGGGCUAGUAACUGGACUCUGAUUCGUUGUUUACCGAUGAUGUAGCGCUCUACUUGUUGAUAGCGCGUUUGCUUCUUCUGGAUCCAUUUGCGACAAAUCCGGAGCACAAACUCGCAAAUAGCUCAUGAAUCGCGAUGUGCAUAGGAUGCGUUUGAGCACGCGCUGAGCAGGGUUUUUCGGGCAGUGGAAGCGCCAGAUAGCCGGCGUUCGGCCCGUAAUUUUGAUCAAGUAAACCCCUAUAGUCUGAUUGCAUUAAGUUGUGCAUUGGUGUGAUCUUAAUUUAUUUCUUGGUGAUCGGUGGUUCUAGAAUAGGGAAUGUCAGCCGGUGUGCAGGACCAGAGGAAGAAUCUCCAGGUGCAAGGAAAUGCAUCCAAGGAUGGUGGCAUAGCAGAGCAGCCAGGCGAACAGUACAAUGCCUGGCGACCGCAGGAGCACGGCUACGGCGCCGCCAUGUCCAGCAUGGCGCCGGCCGACCCGUAUCUGUCGAGCUACUACGGCGGCGCGGCGGCCGGCUACCCGCCGUACCAGGCGUUUGGCGACGGCGCCUGGCCCGGCGGCGGCGAUCACCUGGCCUUCGUCGGCGGCUACGGCCAGCCGCCAGUCCAGCCGGACAGCUACGGCAUGGACGGCAUGUUCGCCGGCUUCGGCCAGCCGGCCUUCAACUACGGGCCGUUUCACGGCAGCGGCGGUGGCGACGGCUCGCCGUGGGGUGGCGGCGUCGACCGCAAGUACGAUGACUUCUACCGCGGCGACCCGGCCGCCUAUGGCACCGACGAGCCGGCCAUCAAGCAGGUGGAGCAGGGCAUGCAGGGGCUCAGCAUGGACAAGGAGGCGGUGUACGGCGGCGAGUCGCCGCCGGGCGAGCCGCAGAAGAAGUCAUGGGCCAGCAUCGCCAGCCAGCCGGCACGGGCCACCUCGCUGCCCAAGAGCAGGCAGGCGCCAGGUCCGGCGAGCAACGGAGGCGGCGGCGGCGGCGGCGGCGGCGGCGGCGGCGGCGGCGGCGUAGGCGCGCCGCCGCCACCACCGCCGCCGCCCUCGCACCCCGUGCUCGACGAACUGCGCGACCGCAACGAGUACAACCCCAGGGAGUUUGACCUGAGUGCGCCCAACGCGCGCUUCUUCGUGAUCAAGUCGUACUCCGAGGACGACAUCCACCGGUCGAUUAAGUACGAGAUCUGGUGCAGCACCGAGCACGGCAACAAGCGGCUGGACGCGGCCAGCCGCGAACGCGACGGCAAGGGCCCCAUCUACCUGCUGUUCUCGGUCAACGGCAGCGGACACUUCUGCGGCAUGGCGCAGAUGCUCUCGCCGCUGGACUUCAGUGCGUCGUCGUCCGUCUGGGCGCAGGACAAGUGGAAGGGACAGUUUAAAGUGAAGUGGAUUUACGUGAAGGACGUGCCCAACUCGCAGCUGCGACACAUCCGGCUGGAGAACAACGAGAACAAGCCGGUGACGAACUCGCGCGACACGCAGGAGGUGCCGGCCGACAAGGGCCGCCAGGUGCUCAAGAUCAUGCACUCGUACGGCCACCGCACCUCCAUCUUCGACGACUUCGUGCACUACGAACAGCGCCAGGAGGAGGAGGAGGGCCGCCGGCCUCCGCAGGCUAGCAAGGCGGACGAGGAGGGCCGGGCGCAGCGGCCGGACCGAGGGCGCGGGAACGGCCGCUCGCGUCGCACCUGACGCCCCCUGGCGGCGGCCCGGCUCCGGCCGGACGGAGCAGACUGACGUGUCCGGCUCCGGCGGCACGCGGGGGCCGUCCAGGCCG